CGCCACAUAAGAAAUUUCAGAAAGUCGAUUUCGAGUUUCUCUUGUUUGUUUGGUUCUAUAGUUUGUAGUAGGCGGCAAAUGGUUUUGGUAUUUGCAAUAUUAAAGUUUAACUUUUUGAUCGGUAAAGAUGUCAAACUUCUUAGACAUCGUUUGGACCCCUGUGUCAUUUACGCAUGUUGAAUAUGAAAAAGGCGACCAAUUUGGAAAGUUUCUCGCAUGGACCAGUCUUUUUCCAUUUGUUGUUUUAAGUGGGUUUCUCACACAUAUUUAUUUUAGAAGAGAAAUUCACACAAUUGUCUUUUUUAUUGGAAUAUUUCUUAAUGAAAUGGUGAACUACAUUGUAAAACACAUAGUACAAGAACCUCGUCCAGAUUCUGGGCACACCACCUUAAACGUGAAGCAUGGUUGGCCUUCAUCGCAUUCACAAUUCUCAUGGUUUUUCUUCACAUACCUAAUCCUGUUUAUUUACAUCAGAUCUCAUAACAACAACACAACUUUGGAUCUAAUGUGGAAACAUUGUAUGUCUGCCCUGUGCGUUAUUGCUGGGUGUGUGGUCUCAUACAGCAGGGUGUAUCUUCUCUAUCAUACUGUCAAUCAAAUUGUGUGGGGUUGCAUAUUUGGUACCAUGCUUGGCCUCUCCUGGUUUGCCGUAGCACAGAUUCUUCUUACUCCUUUCUUCCCAUUUGUUGUAACAUGGAGAGUUUGUGAAUUUUUUAUGAUAAGAGAUUCAACACUAAUUCCAAAUAUUAUGUGGUUUGAAUACACAACCUCAAGACAAGAAUCACGUUCACGUUCAAGAAAAAUGUCAAGCAACAAGCUUCAGUGAAAAAGUGCAACAUUUUCCCAAAGAGACAAUGUUUAUGCAUUUAUUUUAGCUGAAGAACUGGUGGAUUGAUUGACUCCUUUUCUUGCACAUUUAUCAGUGAUUUUAUUUAGUACCUGACCAAGCGAAAAAUUUAUUGACAAUUUGCGAUUGCCAUAUUUAUGUUGUUGGUGCUAUAUUGAACAUGCAACGUAUCACCAAACUGUAAACUAGGAAUACAGAUGUAAUUUGUGUUGUGCACUUAAUGU